GCAAGACAAAACAAACAACAACCACAGACAGUGAAGGUUGAAUGGCUGCAACAAGCAACAAGCAAGCAAGCAUGCUUCCAUCCCUCAGUUCCGUGUCAUGGUUGUUGGUUCUUGUCGUGUGCUACACGACCUUCGUGAGCUCGCAUGCGCAGACAGGGGAAAUGAACAGGACCAGCGCCUUCAUCUACGUGGAUGAGAAUCGUCAGAUGAUCCUCCAGGACAGCGAGGCGCGGUUGUCUUUGAAAGAUAUGCUCGAGACGCUCAGCAGCCUCCAGCAGACCGUCUCCACGCUGCAGAGGCACAACGCCGAGCUGAGAAGCACAGUGUCAACCUUAGAAAGCCAGGCUACCGCGUCAGUGGCCUUCACACGCAUUGCGGCCAUCACGACAGCAGGCACAUACGACGUGACAAUCUCCAUCAACAACAGCAGCGGACUCCCGUCUUCAGUGCCGCUGUACGCUGAAGUUGGUGGUGCUGGAGGCGGUGGCGCCAGUCCUUCCGCUGGUGGGGUAAACGGUGCGUCGACGUCGCUGGUGUGUCCCUCCAUGGCGAUGAUGUGGCUCAAGGCAACGGGCGGAGUUGGGGGCGACUAUCUUGGACCGGGCGGUGCUCACGGGUCUGGGGACAUUGGGCCGAUUCGCUUGGUGGGGCGUGGUGGGGACGGUGGUGUUGGCGGCGGUGGCAGCGCUGGCAGUUAUCGCGUUCCCACCAUAUCAACUGGAGUAGAUGGCGGCAAUGGUGGGUACGCAGCUGGGGUAUUUCAACUCACAGCACCCGUGCAGCAGCUUCAGGCUGUCGUUGGGGCGGGAGGGAGAAGUGCAGACCGGUAUGCUCAGGACGGAUCAGACGGCUUCGUCAUCUUCCAUUACCCACAAGGCAUGGACAUCACCAUCACAAACGCCGCCUGAGUGAACGCUUACUUUGGGCUUCUUUAUUCUUCACACCAGUGACACUUCUCUGCACUCAUUUUGCUCACAGUCAUCUAAAAGUCUAAACAUCUACCAUUCUGAAAGCUUGCACUGUCUUGCUUACCCUGUAGCGUGUCGUGUAGUGCUCAGGUGCUCGACCGUUGCCUUAUUAUAAACCCAGACUCCCUGUCUCUGUCACGUACUGUGUUCGUUCCCUUCAGCAUUUUCUUUUCAGCAUUCUCUGCUGUCUCGUUAAUCGUUCACCACAACUGCCCCGCUCUUGAUGUUCCCUUUGAAGCACCUAUUCGCUCCUGGCCCCGGCGCUUUGUUUUUACGACAACCGCCAAGCUGCCCCUGC